AUUUACCUAUAGUUUGUUCAACUUUGUUAUAUAUAGUUAUGUUUUGUGAUUUGUAUAUAUUAUAUAAAUUGUUUAACAAUUUUUUCCUGCUUGAGUCUUUCAAGGAAAAGUAUGGGAUUUUACAUGAUGCGGAAAUUGCAAGAUGUUGUGACUCUCCUAGGACCACGUUUUUCCUUAACAGGUAUUUACAAUUAUGAAAUAACGAACUUUAAACCAAUCGAUUCAUAGUAUUCCUAGGUGUCACUGGAGAUAAAGAUUGUGAAAUUUUUGCUGUUUUUUGAAAUUUCGGAAAAAUGCUUGCGAAAGUGCCUACUGUUAAACUUUCGAGUGGAUAUAAAAUGCCUAUUAUUGGUCUUGGUACCUAUGUGCCUAAUGAAAAAUGUCAUGAGGUUCAACAGGCAGUUAAAUGGGGUAUUGAAGCUGGAUAUCGUCAUAUAGACACUGCAAUGGUUUACCGUAAUGAAGGACAAGUAGGGGAAGGCAUUGCUAGUAAGAUUAAAGACGGACUGGUUACAAGAGAAGAGCUAUUUAUCACUGCAAAGCUCUGGAUUGACAAGCAUGCUGAAAAUGAUGUUCCAUAUACCUUAAAACAGUCAUUGUUUUAUCUUAAAUUGACAUAUGUUGAUUUGUAUCUCAUAAAUUGGCCAUUUUCUGUUGAUGACUGUCAAGAAGAUGCAGGAAUAGACUAUAUUGACACAUGGAGGGCUAUGGAAAAUGUUGUAAAAUUGGGACUUGCUAGGUCUAUUGGAGUGUCCAAUUUCAAUAAGGAGCAAUUGGAACGACUCUAUACUGCAGCAGAAAUUAAACCUGCUGUGUGCCAAUUUGAGAUUAGUCCAACAUUAACACAGCAUGAUUUAGUGAACUAUUGUAAACAAUUAUCAAUAGUUCCAGUUGCAUACUGUCCACUUGGCUUGCUUUCUAACAGCAGGAAAGGAAAAGGAAAGGACUUAAUUAAAACUGAUCCAAAGUUGGGCGAACUGGCUCAGAAAUAUGGCAAAUCAAGAGUACAGAUUGGCUUGAGAUAUCUUAUUCAACGUGACAUUACAGUGAUUCCGAAAUCCACUAACAAAUUACGAAUACAGGAGAAUUUCAAUUUAUUCGAUUUUGAACUCGCCAAAGAAGAUAUGGAUAUAGUUGACAGUUAUAAUUUAAAUUUAAGAUGCCUGCCAGGACGGGGUUUUUCGAAUUUAAAAAACUUUCCCUUUUAAACUGUUGUAUUAUGAUAAUACAUUUAAGUUAUAUGCAAAAAUUGUAUAUUUAAGGUAGAAAUAUUUUAUACCUAACAGUUUUAAUAAAGACAAUUUUGUUACCACAAUUAACUUUAACUACUUUGGUGUCUAUUUAUAAGAAAAUCUUAACGUGUUAUUUAAC